AUGUUUUUGCGUAAUCGAGGUCUUCACAGUUACCAAAGAGGAGGAUGGUGUCCAGGAUCAAAACAUCAAAAGCAUAUGUCUAUGAACCCGACGUUAUAUCUCUAUCGAUUUCCAGGCCCACAUGGACCAGGUCCAUACACUAUGAAGUACUGGUGGACGUUAGGAUGUUUUCCAACUGGUAGGGAGGUACCAUUUCGUUUGCAGGAAUUUUUGUCAACAUAUAAACAGGAGCAUGUUCCAAUUGAAGUGGAAGAGUGGCUUCAUUAUUUUGUAAAAAACCCUGCUUCUGAGCUUAUAAAUGCCUCUACAGAAUUGUUUGACGCUUUAGAAGCUUCUCCAGAAAUAGAGGCUACACGUGGUUAUAAAGCCAUACAACCAAGUGUAGUACCUUUACUCGAACCGAUAAAGAAAUUUGAGAAACAACUUGGAGUUAAAAUAUCUCCAGUUGGUGUUCGUGCAGUUAUAUCUAGUCCUUCGUUAAAAGAACGUUUUCUUGAUGAUUUAUAUGAGUACAGGGAAUUAAUUCGAACAGAAGGGAGUACCCCUCACCGACGUCUGGCUAAAAAAAAUUUUGAUGAUGCACUUCCUAUAUCUGAAGAAGAAAAAUUACACAUUGAAGGAGGGGAAUUUGAUUCUAUUGGAAAGGAACUAGGUAAUUUUGUAGGUGAUAUUGUUUCUCCUCCAGAAUGUACAGCUGCUGAUGAAAAAAAAUUAAUUCAGUUAUUCACAACCGUUUCCGAAGGCUGUAUAAGUAGUGGACACUACGAUGAAGCUACUUCUAUGCUUGCAGGUGCCUUAAUGUUUUGCCAUGAUGCAGAUACAGAGGCUGUUGCUCAUGCAAAUUUGGCAGUAGGGUUUCUAUUAAAUGGCGAAUUCAAAGAAGCAGAGUUUAAUGGUAGAGAAGCGGCACUCUUACAACCAAAACCGAAAUUAAAUUCUUCUGGUGGAGCUAGAGGUUAUGCGGCAUGGGCUACUGCUGUUGCAUACCAAGAUGACUUUGAGAAAGCGGAAUCUAUAGUACAGGAUGCACUUCGUAUACAUGAAGAUGACGAAUUACUAAAACAACUCUCUGCACAAAUUCGAGAGUUACGUACCACACAAAAAUUACUUUCUUCGAAUGGAGAAGUUCCUUAUUCUUUGAGAGGAAGUAAAAUACAUAUGCCUUCACAAAGAUCACGGGCUCUUGCUACCGGUAAUGGAAAAGGGUUUGAUAACGAAUUUGAUUGGAUAGUUUUUAAUAACAAAUUAUAUCCAAGCAAAAUGAAUCCAACAACAAAUGAAAUGGGAUCUGUAUUCCGUCGCGUAGGUAACUUGGGUUUAUUUAUUUCUACUUCAAUGUCCAUGGAACGAAUCUGA